CGUUGGGGACUGCGGCUGCCCCCGCGUGUCUUCCUGCGAGCUCUGCGGGUCUGCCGCCGGGAUGCCUCGGGGGUGGGCGCCGGUGCUUCUCUCCUUGUGGGCCUCCUUGGUCCAGGCUUCCGAGGACAUCGUGGUGGGCUGCGGCGGCUUCGUCAAGUCUGACGUGGAGAUCAACUAUUCCCUGAUCGAGAUCAAAUUGUACACAAAGCAUGGGACUCUGAAAUAUCAAACUGACUGUGCUCCCAAUAACGGUUACUUCAUGAUUCCCCUGUAUGACAAGGGGGAUUUUGUCCUUAAAAUUGAACCUCCCCUAGGGUGGAGUUUUGAGCCGACCAGCGUGGACAUCCAUGUGGACGGGAUCAAUGACAUUUGUACUAAAGGAGGCGACAUUAAUUUUGUCUUUACAGGCUUCUCUGUGAAUGGGAAGGUUCUGAGCAAAGGUCAAGAUCUCGGCCCUGCAGGAGUUCUGGUUGCACUAAAGAAUGCUGGUUCGGAGGUGGCCAUUCAGGCAACAGCAACUCAGCCUGGAGGAAAGUUCACCUUCUUCAAAGUGCUGCCCGGAGAAUACGAGAUCUUUGCUUCUCAUCCAACCUGGACGCUGAAAGAGGCGGUCACGACGGUGCGAGUGACCAAUUCCAACGCUUAUGCCUCCGGCCCUCUCACUGUAGCUGGUUACAAUGUUUCAGGGUUGGUCCGAAGCGACGGAGAACCCAUGAAAGGCGUCAUGUUCCUUCUUUUCUCCUCUUCGGUAACCAAAGAGGACAUCAUGGGAUGCAAAACUGCUCCAGUGGACGGCUUCCCAUUAAAGGAAGAUCCUCUCACCUACCUGUGCAAUGUUAUCUCCAAAGAGGAUGGCUCGUUCACCUUCCUGUCUUUGCCCAGUGGGAAAUACACUGUGAUACCAUUUUACAGAGGGGAGAGAAUUACAUUUGACGUCGCGCCCUCCCGACUGGACUUCACGGUAGAGCACGACAGUUUGAAAAUCGAGCCAGUUUUCCACGUCAUGGGCUUCUCGGUGACUGGCAGAGUUUUGAACAGCCCCGGAGGGGAAGGAGUUGGGGACGCAAUUGUGACGCUGAAUAACCAGAUAAAAGUUGCUACAAAGUCCGAUGGCUCUUUCCGCCUCGAGAACAUCACGACCGGCACCUACACCAUUCAGGCUCAAAAAGAGCACCUCUUCUUCGAUACGCUUACCGUGAAGAUUGCCCCCAACACUCCACAGAUAGCUGACAUCAUUGCCACAGAGUUUAGUGUCUGUGGACAGAUAUCGGUAACACGCUUUCCGGACUCAAUGAAGCAGAUUAACAAAUACAAGGUGACCAUGUUGCCUCAAGAGAAGGACAAAGCCUUGAUGGUUACUGCAGAAACUGACACGCAUGGAGCGUUUUGCUUCAGGGCAAAAUCAGGUGCUUACAUUGUUCAGGUCAUUGUUCCCGAAGCAGAAAGCCGAGCUGGUCUUUCUCUGAAGCCCAAAACCUUUCCAGUGACGGUUGUCGCCAAGCCGGUGAUGGAUUUAAUCUUCUCCCAAUUUCUGGCCUCCGUUUCUGGGAAGAUAACUUGCUUGGAUGCUUGUGGCGAACUUCUCGUGGUUCUGCAGUCGGUGAACCGGCAGGGAGAAAAACGGAGCCUCCAGCUUGCUUCUAAGACCAACUCUGUGAAUUUCAUCUUCGAUAACGUUCUUCCCGGCAAAUACAAAACGAGCAUCGUCCGCGAAGACUGGUGUUGGAAGAAUAAAUCCUUGGAACUUGAAGUUCUGGAAGAAGAUGUGUCAGGAACUGAGUUCCGGCAGACCGGAUACAUGCUGCGCUGUUCCCUCUCUCAUGCUAUUACCUUGGAAUUUUACCAGGAUGGAAAUGGGCCUGAGAAUGUGGGGAUUUACAAUCUGUCCAAAGGCGUGAACAGAUUUUGCCUUUCAAAACCAGGUGUGUACGAAGUAACGCCUCGUUCCUGUCACAGAUUUGAACAUGAAUACUACACCUAUGACACGUCUGCACCAAGUAUCCUGACCCUUACUGCCAUUCGACACCAUGUCCUUGGACUGAUCACAACAGACAAGCUGAUGGAUGUGAUGGUGACCAUCAAGUCUUCAAUUGAUAGCGAACCAGAUUUGGUCCUUGGCCCGCUGAAAUCCCAGCAAGAAUUGCGCAGAGAACAGCAGUUGGCCGAAAUCAAGACCCGCAGGGAGGAGCGAGAGAGGAAAGGUCCCGAGGAAGAAGGAUCGAAGCCGCCGGUGCAGGAGAUGGUGGAAGAGCUGCAGGGGCCGUUCCACCACGAGUUUUCCUACUGGGCCCGGUCUGGGGAGAAGAUAACUGUGACGCCUUCUUCAAAAGAACUCCUUUUCUAUCCGCCGUUAGUAGAAGCCGUUGUCAGUGGAGAAAACUGCCCAGGGAAGCUGAUAGACAUCCACGGCAAGGCCGGUUUAUUUCUGGAAGGGCAGAUUCAUCCUGAAUUGGAGGGCGUAGAGAUCGUCAUUGGUGAAAAGGGGGCACCGUCCCCCCUCAUCACAGUUUUCACAGAUGACAAAGGCUCCUACAGUGUGGGACCGCUUCACAGUGAUCUAGAGUACACAGUCACUGCCCAAAAAGAAGGAUUCGUUUUGAGUGCCGUGGAGGGUACAGUUGGAGACUUCAAAGCUUUUGCUCUCGCUGGAGUAACGUUUGCGAUUAAAUCUGAGGACGACCAGCCCCUUGCCGGAGUUCUCCUUUCGCUGAGUGGAGGAGUGUUCCGUUCUAACCUCCUGACUCAAGACAAUGGCAUGCUGACCUUUUCCAACCUGAGCCCCGGGCAGUACUAUUUCAAGCCCAUGAUGAAAGAAUUCCGCUUCGAACCCUCUUCUCAAAUGAUCGAAGUUCAAGAGGGGCAGAAUCUGAAAAUCACCAUUGUUGGUUACAGAACGGCUUACAGCUGUUAUGGGACUGUUUCUUCUUUAAACGGGGAACCCGAACAAGGCGUCUCGGUGGAAGCCGUGGGCCAGAAAGACUGCGGCAUGUAUGGAGAAGACACCAUCACAGACGACGAAGGCAAAUUUAGGCUCCGGGGGCUGCUGCCAGGUUGCGUGUAUCACGUCCGGCUAAAAGCAGAAGGCAACGAUCACAUCGAACGAGCUCUUCCUCAGCAUCGUGCCAUUGAGGUUGGCAGCAGCGACAUCGGGGACGUGAAUAUCAUUGCUUUCCGCCAAAUUAACCAAUUUGACCUAAGUGGGAAUGUGGUCACCUCUCCAGAGCACCUCCUCACCUUAUGGGUGAAGCUAUACAAGAGUGAGAACCUCGAUAACCCGGUCCACACCGUCUCGCUGGGCCAGUCCUUGUUUUUCCACUUCCCACCCCUGCUCCGAGAUGGAGAGAAUUACGUGGUGCUUUUAGACUCCACGCUCUCCAGGUCUCAGUACGACUACACCCUGCCUCAAGUUUCAUUCACCACCGUGGGAUACAGCAAGCACAUCACUCUGGUUUUCAACCCUACCAGGAAAUUGCCGGAACAAGAUAUUGCACAAGGGUCUUACAUCGCCUUGCCGCUAACACUGCUGCUCUUGUUGGCCGGAUAUAACCAUGAUAAGUUGAUCCCUUUGCUACUGCAGCUAACAAGCCGUCUCCAGGGGGUGCGUGCCCUCGGGCAGGCCGGUUCCGAUAUGAGCAGCUUGGAAGAGGCCAAGAGGCAAGCCAAGAAACAGAAGAUGAGGCGGACGUGAGGCGGAAGGAGCGCCGGUUGCGUCAGAUCGAGCCGUGAGAAUGUCUGCAGGCAAAACUACUAAGCAGGUCUGGGCCCAGGGACCUGGUGAAGAUGUCAUGAACACUUGAGCCUUUUACUCAGGGUAGCUCCAUCGCAGGUGGAAGCGUCACGCUGCAUUAUUAGAAUACCACAAGUUGUUGUUUCAACAAAACAGUGAACCCACUCUGGUCUUGGUCUUCAUCGCGGACAGCAUCUUCCAUACUGGAGGUGUUGACAGAAUCUUUUUUUUUUGUUUGGAAAAACAUAAAUUAUUUCUGUUUUUGUUUUCCAGAUUGGUAAAACCAGCUGGCUAAUAAAAUGUGAUUUACCUCCCUGUCA